ACUUCAAUUCCAGCGGUGGACGAGAGCUGGACUUUGAAGAAAAUGGACAAGCAGAUGCUCUCUGGGGCCUUUUCCAAGCUUCUCUGUGGGACUCAGACUGUGGCUGGUUGGUGAUCAGGACAGGCUGCCCGUUUGGAUGCCUUGUCCCCUUGCCCGAACCAGAGAUUCGAGACCAGAUUUCACAAGGCGCAAGAGCACAGGACUAAAUGUUGCAGAAUUACUCCAGUGCCGUUGAAUUUUACCUCCUUGGUUUCUAUGGCUCCAAAGAAAUUCACCAUCUCCUGUUUGCUACCUUCGUCUUCCUCUACUUGGUGACAUUAAUGGGUAACACCGUCAUCAUCCUGACUGUCUGUGUUGAUAAACGCCUGCGGGCCCCCAUGUAUUUCUUCCUCGGUCACUUCUCUCUCCUAGAGAUCCUGACCACAUCCAUCAUCAUCCCUGUCAUGCUCUGGGGCUUGCUGCUCCCUGGGGUGCAGAGAAUAUCUCUGGCUGGAUGUGUCGCCCAGCUCUUCCUGUACCUUGCUGUGGGGACCACAGAGUUUGCAUUGCUGGGAGCGAUGGCCGUGGACCGUUACGUGGCUGUCUGUCACCCGCUGAGGUACCACGUCAUUAUGAACAGCCACACCUGCCUCUGGGUGGUAGUUGUGUCGUGGCUGUUUGGGUUCCUUUCUGAAAUCUGGCCGGUCUAUGCCACGUUUCAGCUCACCUUCUGCAAAUCAAACCUGAUAGACCAUUUUUAUUGUGACCGAGGGCAGCUGCUCAAACUAGCCUGUGAUGACAGCCUUUUCACGGAGUUUAUUCUUUUUUUAAUGGCCGUUUUCAUUAUCGUCGGUUCUCUGAUCCCCACAGUUGUCUCUUACACCUGCAUCAUCUCCACCAUCCUCAAGAUCCCCUCGGCCUCUGGCCGGAGGAAAGCCUUCUCCACGUGUGCCUCCCACUUCACCUUUGUGGUGCUGGGCUAUGGCACCUGCCUCUUCCUCUACGUGAAGCCCAAUCAGACGCAGGCGGCCGAGUACAACAAGAUAGUUUCCCUGCUGAUCUCUGUGGUGACCCCUUUCCUGAGCCCUUUCAUCUUCACCCUCCGGAAUGACAAAGUCAUAGAGGCCUUUUGAGAUGUCAUGAAACACUGCUGUCAGCUCCUCAAGGGUUAGCUCUGUCCUAAGGACAACCAUGGACUCACUGUCAUGGACCUGAAGAAUCUGAAAUACCUGAAAUGAUCAUUUUCACUGCCUAAUAGUUCAUGUCAUCUACAGGGGAAUUUUA